AUGAACUAUUUGAUGAAAAUUUACAAAAAUUAUUGGCAAAGAAAGAUGCUCUUUAUUUUAAUGAUGAAGCUAUAAUUAAUAUUAGCUACAAACAACCAAUGCCCUGAUAUUAUAUCCUAUCAUAAUCCAAUAUUUGAUUAUAAUUUUGGAGUUUAUAGCUUUUUAAGAGUUCCUAUGACAAAUACUCUACUAAUCAAUACUAUUGAUUAAACUAGCUUCUCUUAAAAUGUUGUUUACUAUACAGAUUUAAGCUCACCUUCAAGAUAAAUUAUCAAUGUUGUCAGACCUGAUUUUACAAUAAAUGUUAUGGAUUAUGUAGAUUUAACUAAUUAAAUCUUAAUAAGCAACUCUAAUAAGUUAAUAUUAGCAGAUCCAUACUCUUUUUAAUCAGUUAUGUCAUUAGAUUUAUAAUUUACUUCUCAUCUUUUUGUGAUUCCAAAUACAAAAUAUGCUAUCAUUACUAGAUGGAGAAAUUAAUUGUUAAUUUUAGAUAUACUAUCUUUUUAAAUAGUAAAAACGCUAGAUCACUCAAGUGAUCCUGAUGUUUAUUUUAAAUAUCAAUAUAUUUCUAAAAUAUACAAUUUCACUUGCUCAACCGAUUAAGUUAUUAUUUCCUCAAAUGAAGGAGGGAUUAUUGCAUGGAGUAUAAAUCUUAAUACUAUGGUUGGAACUUAUCAUGGACUCAUUGACUAUACUAAGACUAAUUAUAGUAGUUACUAUUACCGUUUUGAUAAAUUUCCUGGCUAAGACAUAAUUUUUGUAGGAGGUUAAUAUUAUGAAUUGAUUGCAAUAAAAAUCUAACAGUUUAAUAAAGGAUAAUAUAUUAAAAUGAUGCACACAUAUUUAUUUUCAGGAUCAAUUAAUACAAGUAUUAAUUAGAUAAUGUUUUAAUAUAUCAAUUAUAAUACAUAUAAUUAAGCUGUUUUACUUGUAGCUGAUAAUAACUACAUUAAUUAUGUUAAUUUAAUUGUCGAUCUUCCAAACAAUAUAAUAACAGCACCAUAUGAUUACAAUCCUUUUUAUUAUAAUAUUGUCUCAUAUUAUGAAUGGUAUUAUGUCUAAGGUACUACUCUAAUUUAUAUGUCCUACAAAGAUAGUGCAACUAUAUUUAACUUUUAAACUGGCGAUUUUGAUAAUCAACUAUAUUUUAGGAAUGACAAACUUUCUAGAAGAUUUAUUUUUGAAGGAGAAGGUUAAAGUUUGCUUACAAUUAUAUUUGGCUAAGAUAUUUAUUAUUCUUAAACAAAUAGUUUGCAAGAUUUUUAUCAUACAUCUUAUGAUAAACUUUCUUAUUAAAUGUAUUCCAAUUACAAUAGUUUUUUAAAAGUUAAAAACUGUGAUGUUUGUCUUUUAGUAAAACUAAGAGAUAAUGCAAACUAAAAUAAAGACUAUGUAUCUACUACUAAGAUUUAUCCGAUGGAUGAAAAAGAUUAUCCUUAACCUAUACCGUUUAGCUGGGAUUAAGUUGGAAGAAGUUUAGAUCCAUUUUAUUACAACAAUCAAAUAUGGAUAGUUUUAGCUUUUCCUAACAAAAAUAUUUUAAAUUCUAAAGUAAAUGGGUUGUUUUAAUUAGUUAAUGCCUAAAACACUACUUAAUUUUUUGUCCUUACCUCACCUAAUUAAACUUAAAAUAAUUAUAAUACAUCGUUUGCUGUUGCUUCUAUCUACGAUUUAAUUAAUCCAGAAAUAGUAGGAGUAGACUAAUAAGGCAGUGUUUAUUCAUGGGACUUACUAUCUCCAACUUUAAAUUUCAAGUUCUCUCUUCAGUUGAAAAACUGCUUUAACAGUUAGAUAGGAGAAAUAUUUUAAUACAACAUAACUAGAAAAUUGAUAGUUGCUUGCGAUGAUUACUCAGUUUAUAGCUUUGACUUAAAAACAUAAGAUUAAUAAUUAUUAACUACUUUAACUUCUGUUCCUAUAUCUAUAAGAGCCUUUAACAGUAUUUAAAUGGUUGUUCUUCCAGAUUAUAUUGGCAGUAUUGUAUACUUAUAUAAAUAUAAUAGCAAUUCAAAUACUUUUGUCUACCAUUUAUCAAUUUAUUAAGGUUAACUGACUGAUUAUUUAUUUCAUGUAGAAUUAUUAAAAAAUAAUAUUCUUUGGAUACAGUAUAAGUACAGUUUUACAUUUUAUCCGAUUGAUGGUUGUAUAGAUGAUCCUACAGUAUGUACUUAAUGUUCAUAGAAUUAUUAUUUCAAUAUAACAAAUUAAUUAGAUAAAUAUGGUAGCUAUGGAUAAGGUAGCUCUUUAAGUUCCUAUACAACUUCAUAAAAUUAUUUUUAGACUAUCUUAAAUGCAUAAUUUUACAAAAGUAUAAUAAAAGCUGUCAAUAAUAUUUAAGUAUUUAUUCAAAUUAAUCCUAAUAAUUCAUUUUAUUUAAUAUCUUAACUCACAAAUUUUAGCUUUAAGUCCUUAAUCUCAUUAACUAUAUCAAGUGUUUCUGAUUAAUAACUAGCAACAAUUGUAUAUUCAAACUCUCUUAUCUUUGAAGAUUACAAUUCAGUAAACUUACUAAAUAUUCAAAUAAUGUUUUUAGAUACUGAUAAAAAUACAUGUGGGUUAGAGUUUUCUAAUAUUAAAAAUGUAGUCCAAAUAAAUAACAUUUAGCUAAGAGCCUACAAAAAUCCUUUAAUUUCUUGUUAAAGUAUUGAAAUAAGCAAUACUUAUGUUUAAGUACAAAAUUAUACAAUAACUUCAGAAAACUUUGCAAAUAAUUAUUUCAUUUUUUCUACACUAAAUACGAAUUAAAUUAGUAUUGCUAAUUUUUCAUUAUUAAAUUGCUAAUUCGGAGAUUAGUUUAGUAUUUUAUAACAGAACACUGAUGUUUAAGCGAUUAUCUAAAAUAUUGUUUUGGAAAAUAACUAUUGUUCACAAGCUAAUUCUAUUUUUUAGAACCCUACUGCUUUGUUUAGUGCUGGUCAUUACACAGUUUCAUCUGUUUUUAUAUAAAAUAAUACUUUUUGCAAUAAAAAUAUUUUUUAAGCAAUAACCUCUAUCAAGCACUUAAGUCAAACCUUUUCUUUUUUAAAUAUUUCUUUAAUAAACAAUAAAUUUCUUACAAGGACUACCUAUCUUUUAUUUAAUUCCUUUUACUCUAUUCUAUCAGAUCCAUCUCAUUAAUUGAUACUUAAAAAUUCCAGUUUUUAUAAUAAUUCUCUUUUCACUUAAUCGUAAAGAGAUUUAAAAGGAGCUUCGCUUAUUCAGACAAAUAAAAUCUAAAAUAUUUCAAUAGAAAAUGUUAAUUUUUUAGAUCACUUUGAUAUUUAACUAGGAGCUUUUGAUGAGUCAUAAUUAAUAAGUGUUAAUAAUUUUAAUUGUACUAAUAACCAGUUCUUUUUAAAUUAACUUAAUAAUUAAUAAACAUAAGGAUGCUUAUAAAUAAAUGAAGCUGCUAUUGUUCUAUUUGAUACAGUUUAAGUUAACUAUAAAAAAGCAUAAGAUAAUUCAUUGUUUUUAAUAAGCAAUUAUAAUUAUAAAUAAUCAUAAGUUAAUAUAUCAAACGCAUAAUUUACAAACUUAAUUUUAAAUUAAACUUAAAUGAAUACAUUUGUAAACCCACUUUAGAUUAUUGGUAGUUAUUAAAUAAAUUUAGACAUUUAAAAUAGUUAUUUUGUUAACAAUUCUUUAAUAAGCUUAUAAUAUUCAUUAACUUACUCAACUACAGGUUUGUGGUUUGAAAAUUUUGUAGGUUAAUCAAUCAUAUUUAAUGGUACAUUUGAAAAUAAUUACAGUAACUCUAUCUAUAAUAAUAUUCAUAUUUAAACUGAUAGUUUAAUUAUAUAAUAAUGCAAAUUUUAGAAUUCAACUUUCUCAGAAAUAAACUUAUAUGAUAACUAGUAUAACAAAUUAUUUACUUAAUUGGGAGGAAUGAUCAACGCGAUUAUUAACUCUGUCAUAAUAACUAAUACUUAAUUCAAAUAAUCAACAGCAAUAAUGGGUUCUUUUCUUUACUUUUAGUCAUUUGGAUAGAAUCUUAAUAUACUUAUCAAUUCUACAAAAUUUACAGAGGGAUAUAGCUAAAUUGAUGGAGGAGCAAUGUACUUAAAUCCAAUAAAUAAUUUACUAAAUUUUUCAUGUAUUGAUUGCGAAUUUAGAAAUAUUUUUUCUUUAAGCUAAUUGUCUUCUUCAAUAAAAAUAUUGUAGUAAAAUUAGAAAAAUGGUACAAAUAAUAUUACAUUCAAUGGUGGAAUCAUAUAAACAAUAUAAGGUAUUUUAGAUAAUUACUUUAUUUAAGCAGCUAAUAGCUAAAUUUAAAUGAUUGAUAUAAGUUAAGUAACAUAUUAACAAUUUUAGUCAAGCGAACUACCUUUCCUUAUUUACUAAGCAAAAUAGAAUUAAUAAUAGUCUACUAUUAUUUAUUCUUCAUUUUCAGUCCUUUAUAUUAAUAACUGUAAUAUCAGUAAUUUAAGUAUUACCAAUUAAUAAUCAUCGAUUCCAUUAAUUAUUUAAUCUGAAAACUCAACAAUAACAAUAUCUUCAACAUAUAUAUCUAAUUGUGAAUAUACAAAAAAUAUGGUUCAGUUAAAUGGAGGAAAGCUUAUUCUAGAUAAUAUUUUAUUUUAAAAAAUUUAAUAAUAUCAACAAACAUAAAUGCUAUCAAAUGAUUUAUAAUUAAUACCAAACUUAAACUAAUAUUCUAUUUUAGUUGCUUCUGGUGCUUUUAUUUAAAUCUAAAAUAAUUCUAGUUUUUCUAUGUUAAGUUGCACUAGUUGUAAUGGUGGUUUACUUUAAAUGUUAAAUGGCAAUAUCAAAAUCUCAAACUCCUCAUUUUAUUAAAUAACAAGCUAAUAUGGUGGAGCAUUUUUCAUUACUGGAUUAUUUGGAACAAAUUAAAUUAUAAAUUCUAAAUUUUAAAAUUGUUAAUCUUAGUAUAAUGGAGGAGUUGCUUACAUAUAAUUUAAUGAUGAAAAUUAACUUAGCUUAAAUAUUGAUUCAGCAUAAUUUUUCAAUAACACUUCAUUAAAUGGUAGAGGAGGAGCAAUAUAUGCUAUUUCUUAGAAUAUAAAUCCCCAGUUUAUAAAUUUUAAUAUUAAUAACUCCAAUUUUAUAAAUAAUAUAGCUUAAAUUGGAGCAGCGAUAUAUGAAUAAAAUAUAUCUUUGUAAGUAAAUAGCUCAAUAUUUAAAAAUAAUUUUGCUAAAAUAUUUGGCAGUGACAAAAUUUCUUACGCAAGUAAGCUAGACCUUGCUAAUAUUGAAUAAUUAAUUUCUAAAUAUAAUGCAAAAUAAUAUGAUGAUCAUUUAGAAAUUAAUGAUUUUAGGAGUGGAGAUGUAAUAAAUAACAUAAGCUUUAAGAUGAUGAAUUCUGAUAAUGAAGUUAUAUUUCCAAUAAAUAAGCAAGAAUAUUAGACUUACAGUGUUUAAGUAAAAAUAAAUCCAAACACAUAAAACAAAGACAGCUAUGAAAUAAGCGGAGACUAAUAAGCUUAUUAUAAUAUUUCAUCAUAAACCUUUACUUUUUCUUAAUUAAAUAUUGUUGGUACUCCUGGAUCAUCUUUUAAAAUUCAAUUCUUUAGCGAUUAAAUAUUUAUUUUAAAUGAAUUGACAAACUAAUUUGAAUAAAAUUAUACAUUUGAUUUUGUAAUAAAUUUUAGAAAAUGCAUAUCAGGAGAAUAAAUAAAAGAAUAUAAUAGUCUGGUACAGUGCGAUAUUUGCUAAAACAAUACUUAUUCUUUUGAUGUUUAACCUUGCCAAAAUUGCCCAACAGGAGGUAUAUGUUUAGGUGGAGAUAAGAUAGAAGUUUAGUAUGGGUAUUGGAGAAAAUCAGAAGAUAGUGUAAUUAUAAUAGAUUGCGAAAAUUAAGAAUCGAAUUGUGUUGGUGGGUCUUUUGGGAAUUCUGUAUGCUAUUAAGGCCAUAUAGGUGCACUAUGUGAAGAAUGUGAUAUUUAUGGUAAAAUUUGGUAAAAAGUAUUCGCAAAAUCAGCUAAGUAUUCUUGUGCAGAAUGUGAAAAGAUGCAAAAUAAUACAUGGAUUAUUUUAGGUUUAACUUCUUGGACAUUAUUUUCUAUGAUGAUUGCAAUUAGAGGCAAUAUCAACUAUUUAAAAAUAGAAGCUAUUUAAAAUAAUAUAAUGAAGAAUACAAUUAAGAAAAUGUAAAAUAGAAAAAAAAGUGAAAUUGAAAACUCAUAAAGAUUGAAAUCAAUAUCUUUUUCAAAAGGAUUACAUACUUUUUUUAAAAAUAGACCCAAAUCAAAAAGUCAAAAUAGGAGAUUAAACCUUACUAAUUUGAAUGACUAAAUGAAAUAAAGUAUUUAUAUUAAAAUGUUUACUAAUUACUUUUAGAUUGUUAGUUCUAUUGCUACUUUUAAUUUAACGAUUCCAUCAGGAUAACCUAUCAAGUAAACUAUGAGCUCAGUAGACUGUAUGCUUGUUAAAAUUAAUACUGAGAUUCCGAUUAUUUACUAUAGAAUGAUUUUUUCUUAGAUCAUACCUAUUAUUUAUUUACUUAUUUUCUGCUUAGGUUUAUUCAUUUAUCAUAUAGUUAAGAGCAAAAAUGAAAAAUUCCCAUAUUAUGUACUUUCAACAGCUUCUAUAUUUUUAAUUAUUUAUGUUUAGCCUGAUUUAGUAGCUUAAAUAAUUGCAUUAUUGUCAUGCCGAAGAAUAGGAGAUACAAGUUACAUUCUCUCUAAUGUAUCCUAUGAAUGUUAUACAGACUAGCAUAUUAAAUAUAUCCUUUUAGUAAUUUUACCUCUAAUGUUAAUUUGGAUUUUCUUGCUUCCUUUUGUUUUAUUCAUUUCAAUUAAAAGGAAUUAAAAUUAGUUAUCUAAUCCUAAUAUAAAGCUUAAAUAUGGAUUUCUUUACAACGAAUAUUAAGAUCAUGCAUACUAUUGGGAAUUUAUUAAGAUGGCAGAAAAACUUGCUAUAAUAUUAUCAUUAAACUUUUAUUCAUAAUAGAUAGUCAUAAAAGGCAUACUAGUAUUUUUAGCAAUAUCAUUGUAUGGGAUUUCUUCAAUGAUUAUUAAACCGUACAAAGAAGAAGAUAUAAACUAAGUUGAUAUAAACUCAACGAAUGUCUGUGCUAUAACAGUUUUAUUUGGAAUUUUUAUUUAUCAAAAUCCAUUCCCUUAUUUUUACUACACUGCUUUAGGAAUAAUUAUUUUAAUAAACUCUAUCUUUAUUUUUAAUAUGCUGAAAUAAAUUAUUAAUAACUACUAUCAAUUGUUGAAAUAAUCCUUUAAAAACAUAUUAAGCUUUCUUGCUAGCAAAAUUCAUAUUUUGAAAAAAUAUGAACAAAAAACCAAUCCAAAAUAGAAUACUUGUAAUCCUGAAAUAAAAGCUAAAGUUUAAAUGGCAUUUUAAAGAUACUUAUAAAUGAAUUAAAACGAGAAAAAGCAGUUUUUUUUAAAUCUACUAGAAUAAAGAUUAAUGCUAUGUCAUAAAGAUAUUUUUGUUGAUAAAAGCUAAGCUAAAAUUUAAACUCCUUACUAAAUUCCUGAAUUAAGAAAAUAAGAUUAAGAAUCUGAAAAAAAUUCUUUUAUACUUGAGCAAGAUGUAGAUUAAGCUUUGAAUAGUGUGAAAACAAACAACUUUUAAACUUUAGAAUAACACUUCGCAAAAGUUACACCAAAUUAAUAGAACAGAAAUAUUUUUUAGAAUAAUGAGGUACCCAACUCUCCUUGUCUUAGUAUUUUUGAAAUAGAUGGUUUUUCAAUAUAAAAAGUUAAUUAAUGA